ACAGACGCACAGUCCGAAACAGAAAGAGGCAAAAUAUCAAUGGGGGUUACUUGUGUGUGUCAGGUGCCCGUGGCGGAGGGGAAGAGUGUGCAGCAGACGGUGGACAUCCUGCACAAGAAGCUGGAGCAGCUGGGAGCUGUGAAGCAGGGCAGCUUCUGUGUGGACUGUGAAACGUACCAUGCAACAGCAAACGUCAGCGGUCAGCCCUCCAAGCUCUUGUAUGUGAUGCAUAACUCUGAAACUCCCCUGAGCUGCAUGGCCCUGUUUGAAGGCGGACCCUGCCUCAUAGCAGAUGCAAACUUCGAUGUCCUAAUGGUGAAGUUAAAAAGCCACUUCCAGAAUGCUAAAGGACAUAAGGUGGAGUGUCGUGGAUCAAGAUAUCGCUACUGUGACUUCUUAAUUAAAGUUGGUACAGUGACAAUGAGCUCCAGUGCCAGAGGGAUAUCAGUGGAGGUGGAGUAUUGUCCCUGUGUGGUUCCAGGCGACUGCUGGAAUCUGAUGAAAGAGUUUAUGCAGUCUUUUCUCGGCUCCAGUGUCCCUGAGCUUCCAUCUGUGUUUGCUGCUAAACCCGAGGGCCUUUUCGCCCCAGCAGACAGUGUGGACACCAUGACUCAGUACCUGGAGUUGUUCAACAAACUUCGUAAAUUACAAAUGACUGGAAGUAAUGUGCGUUGACUGAGCAGUUCUGAUGGAGAGAUCUACUUUUUAUAUUUGUACUGGUGGUGUAUUAAUCCUGGUCCUAUGGAUCAGUAUGGUAUGCAGGCAUUUUUUUAAAGCCUGGAAUUUUUUAUUUUCAUUUCUGGAGUUUCAACAUUAUUAAAACUUGGAAAAGGAGUUUGUUGCUGUUGUACACUCAUUUUAUUUGAUCUGAAGCACAUAGCUAACAAAACAAUGGAGUCAUUUUUAUGACAAUCCCUCAGGAUUACAUAACUUUCUCUGAAAUUUUGCCUUGUUAUAGAGUUAGUAAACGCUACAAAUGUCUACUUUUUAAUUCCCAUUUAAUUUUAAAUGCAAUUUGGCAUAAUUAUUUACCAAGUACAAGCUUUGAGGUUGUAUAUUCAUUUUUUAUACAUUAUAUUUCAGAGUGUAAUAUUUUUAUCUUCACCCCUACAGGUUCUGUCAGUUAUUAUGUUUAAUUCAGGUUUGAGGUAACUGAAGUUCAUGUGUGACAAAAGAUAAUGUAAAUUAUCCUAUCUGGCAGCUGCAGGAAAAAUGACAGGACAAAGAGAAACUUGAGUAUAGCUGUAUGUGCCAGCCAUACA